AUGACUUAUAUGAUGUGUCUGUUAUUAUUUGGUUUAGUAUUAGGGUUAGUUGCGGUUGCUUCUAAUCCCUCCCCUUAUUUCGCUGCUUUAGGGUUGGUAGUUGUAGCAGGAAUGGGGUGUGGAGUUUUAGUGGGGCAUGGUGGCUCCUUUUUAUCGUUAGUACUGUUUUUAAUUUAUCUAGGGGGAAUGCUGGUUGUGUUUGCCUAUUCGGCAGCUUUAGCUGCUGAGCCUUAUCCUGAAACUUGAGGUAGUCCAGCUGUUGUGUUAUAUAUAGUGAUUUAUGGUGUAGGGGUUAUUCUGGCUUGUACGGCCCUUUGAGGGGGUUGGUAUGAAGUCUCUUGGGUGCCUGCAGAUGAUAUGGAGGAAUUUGCUGUCUUUCGAGGGGAUGUUGGAGGGGUUGCUUUAAUGUACUCAUUAGGAGGGGGGAUGUUAGUAAUUAGUGCAUGGGUACUCCUUCUUACUUUGUUUGUGGUGUUAGAAUUGACGCGGGGUCUAAGUCGAGGGACGGUACGAGCAGUUUAG